AUGAUAAACCUCGUCAAUGGCCUGCUCAUCCCGUUUUCCAUGACGGACCCCUCCCUUCUCGACCUUCGCUCGCGCGGUUCACCGGACUCUCUGGCACCCAUGGAGAGGCAGCCCGUCCAGUGCCAUAGUGAGAGCGACUUCCCAGGUCACGCAGACGUCAACUAUGGGAUGCAGUGGGAGGCGGUCAACGCCUUCUGCAAGACGAAACACCUGGCGACGACCCUGUCGACCUUGCACGAUCCGGCCGAUGGGAGGUACCCCAUCACGUACAGGCACCGCAUGAGGUGGAGGGACUGGCCGCACCGGAUCAACUACGAUUUCUUCGUCGAAUGGGUUUGGGGCUGCAGGACCACCUCCCACUUCCAGAGCGUAGGACUUCCCCUGGGCAAAGGCGGCGUCACUUGCCACACCGUCAUGAGGGACAACUUUCUCCAAUGCAACAACGGAGGUGUUGGCGGUAGCACGCAGGUCGGGUGUCUCCUGUUCACCUUCACCGGAGCGAAUGGGAGCAAGUGCAUAUUGACGGAGGAAGAAAUGAGAUUGCGGGACAUCUAUGAUAAGAAGCAUGGCAUCAAAAGGCCAGAAACCACAUGCGGCAUGUGA